UACUUCUUCUCCCCUAUAAUUUGUCCAUUUACGAUUACCCACGAUUUAUGUCCUCUCUUGGUCGCCGUCGUCCACCUACACCCAUCCAGCCUCUUACUUACUCCCAGUCGCUACCCCCCUUUGGUCGCUGGAGUCGAUAGAUCGGCUGUCUCUCUCGAUCGCUCACCAUCUGCCUCUCUGGUCGUCCAUCACCGUGCGGCACUCCAUCUUUUUCUUGCCGGAAUUUGUGGAGCUAAAAAUAUCACACUCAUUCCUUCUUCGACUGUUUUUUACCAUCCUCCCAGCCUAACUGAAAAGUUAUUUGAGCAUUGUGUGGAUUGGAUGACUCUUUGCUAACUUGGAGAUUGAUGCAUUAAACAUCAUCUUGAAGAGUUCCGUGAAAAACAUUAUAACUACCUAAGUGAAAAAGGCUUCUGCACCUUGCAAUGAGAAUCAAUCCGAUUCUAAAUUGUUUAAUCGAAGAACUGAAGGCUUCUUUUGGCAUCAAAUUGUUAGUGGUCUAAUCACAGAACUGGAGGCUUCUUCGUGCCUCAAUGUGAAUUAAACAAAUUGCAAGUGAUCUAAUCUUAGAGCUGGAGGCAUCUUCCAUCGGUUAUCCAUAACAUUAGAGGAGAGCCAUGAGGGGAAGGGGAACGUUCAUUGUCUACAGCCGGGACCAAAAAACAGCAAAGAGCACACAAGAACGUGUUCUGUACAAAGUAGUCUCUAGAGUUCCUGUUUCGUAUCCAAGCAGCUGAGGUAAAUGGGUCUGUGGACACUACUAGAGGGUUGUCUGCUUCUUGCUAAUGCACUGGCAAUUCUUAAUGAAGAUCGCUUUCUCGCUCCGCGAGGAUUGAACUUCUCUGAAUUCUCAGGAGGCAGAACAAAGUCAUUCAAAGGGCAGCUUAUUGGCCUUAUCUACGCCACACAAUAUUUAAGAGUUCCUCUCAUAAUGCUAAAUGCAAUCUGUAUCUUUGUAAAGUUAAUAUCUGGAUGAUGAGCCCCAACCGAUAUGAGAUGUCAACUUCAACUCUGGAAAGAUAUGACUAUCUACCAUAUUAUUAUGUUCUCUGUUGUAAUGUAACAAUGGACUGCUUUUAACUUCUGGAUUUGUGGGAACACGCAUAUUGCACCAA